AUGAGAAUGCUAGAUGGUAAAAAUCAUAGCACUCGUAUAAAUGCGAGUGCAUCUACGAACAAAGCCACCAAGCCAUUCGGCAUCGAGAAGCUUGUGAAAAAUGAGAACAAACAUGUGCUGUGCCCUAUCCACUACAUCUACAACCCUUUUCCCGCCGGGGUGGAGUGGCUUCAGCCUCAGAAUAUUGGACUCCCCCCCGACAUCAUGAAAGCAAUGUACAAAGAUGACAUACUUUCGCGAGGAAUGGGCACAGCAGACAAUUUCCCGCUUAAUGUUAAAGCGACUGCUCUUCCUAUGCCAACAGAGGUCUUGGAGGUUGUCGCGAACGAGUCGAAAACCGCGAUUCAGGAGGAGCUAUUGGCUCUAGUGGAACCAAGAAAGACCCGAUUUAAUGUCUUGUCUCCCCUGCAGAGGCGAGCGGCCGAGAUACGCCAGAGCUUUCUUGCAGACGAGGGAGGAUCUGAAGAGCAGGUUCUGCAGCAACUGGUGCUCUUCUGUGGCCGUGAUAGUCCUUGGAAGUUCAGAAGUCUGAGGGACUAUAUGGAGUAUCGAUAUGAAGAUUUUGCUAGCGAGUUCAUGAUCGCUGGAGCCAAAUUCUCAAUUGGUUCCAGAGUAGAUCAUCAUGGUCCUCGGAUGAAGAGAUUCACAGGGUUCCUCGGUGACCAAAUUGCAGCCUGCAACGAUAUUUUCUCGUACGAAAAGGAACGCAGGGCUUUCAUGGAUGCAGAGUCCGAUGUGCUGAUCAAUUUGGGUGCUCAAAUCGAGGAUACGUAUGGCAUACAACCGGAGCAUACAAAAUCAGUGGCAUAUGCAUAUCAGCUGUCCAUAGAAAGCGAACUGGCGAGGGAGAUUGGAAAGUUGUAUGCGCACGGCUGGGAGUAG